GAGGCAACAUAAGUUAAAUCCCAUUAACCUACAAACUCUUCAUUUUCCCGAAAUCCCCUUUCCUCUUCAUUUUCCCGAAAACCUACAACUUCAGCAAAAACAGAACUAGAACGACUCCCAUUACAAGAUAGCCCACUCCUUGGAUGGUCUCUUUCCACCAUCUCCACUGCGUAAUCAGCCAUAACCCCCAAAUCCAUCCCCAUUUGAAGCCUUUGAACACAUGCAAUAGCCUCUGGAGCAAAAAUCGAAGGAGCACCCACAUUUUAAUAACCCUAGACCCCUUUGAAUCCCGUACAACGAUCCCAAAGCAAGACCUAUGUUCCUCCUUAUUGUUGCGAUAUCAAAGUUGAUUUUCACAAAGGGAAUCUCUGGUGGUUUCCACCUCUCUACCUCCCUCGGUUUGACAAGUAAGUAUAUCUUCAGCCCGUCCAAUUCACUCAAAUAGUUUCUUACAAAAUCUGCUGUUUCUAAUGCCGUUAUUUUUUUUUCUCUUAUGCACCCAUCUGUUUCUUGUUGGUCAUAUCGCCCACAAUCCGCAAACAAAAAUACGACACUGAUUCAAGGAAUUAUUUUCAAACAACCAGCUGCUUCCUUCAACACUCCCCAUUUUCCGUCCAUCAUCAGAGGAAGAUGGUCGCGAAAGGUGCUUCAUUUUCCAUACUUUUAGCAACACUGGCUGGCUCGUACACGGUUCAGUGAUUGAGCGUUUUCAGAGAAGAGAGGGGUCGAAGGUGAGGUAUAAGGACAUGGCAAAUAAGAGGGAAGAGAAUCAAAGGAGGUGGAAGUGUGGAUGGGAUAGGGAAAGAUUAGAACUUGAUAGGAAAUUGAAGGAACAGUUGAAUAGAAACAAGUUUGAUAAAUCGAGUUCGAUGAUAAAUCACGGUGAUGUUUUGAAAGCUCUGUCUCGGGCUUUGAAUAAAACAGAGUAUUUGGAUAUUGCUGAUAAGAUGUUAAUGGAGAACCCAGAGUUGGCUUUGAUGGGUUCUUGUGUGCUUGUCAUGUUGAUGAAAGGUGAGGAUGUGUAUGUGAUGAAUGUUGGUGAUAGUAGGGCAGGUUUGGCGCAAAAGGCGGAGCCCGAUUACUGGUUGGGGAAGGUUAAACAGGAUUUGGAGAGGAUUAAUGAGGAAACACUGCAUGAUCUUGAAGGUUUUGAUGUAGAUAAAUUUAGUUCAAUUCCUGAUUUAACUGCUUUUCAGCUUAGUGUGGAUCAUAGCACCAAUGAAAAAGAGGAAGUUCAAAGAAUAAAAAACGAACAUCCAGAUGAUCCUUGCGCUGUGAUGAACGACUGAGUUAAAGGUUCUUUGAAGCCUAAAUGGAACAAUGCACUUCUAGAGAUGUUCAAAAUAGAUUACAAAGGAAAUUCUCCAUAUAUCACUUGUGUACCAUCUCUCCACCACCAGAGAUUAGGCCCACAGAUUCUUCGUAUUAUCAUCCGAUGGGCUCUCUCAAUACUUAACAAAUGAGGAGGCUGUAUCUGAGGUUGAACUUUUCAUCACAUUGUAACCCGAAGGAGACCCUGCGCAUCAUCUCAUUGAAGAAGUGCUGUUCCGUGCUGCAAAGAAAGCAAGCAUGGACUUCAAGAUUUACUCGAAAUACCCCAAGGGGAUAAAAGGCGGUACCAUGAAGAUGUUUCCGUCAUAGUUAUUUCUUUAGAGGGGAGAAUAUGGAGAUAUUGUGUAUAAGUCAUAGAGAAAACCACAGACAGAAGACAUAAGAAAUAUGCCCCUCCCCCCCACCAAAAAAAAAAAAAAGAACUUUGGCAUAUUGUUUUUUCCAUUUUUUCCUGAUCACCUGUGUAACAUAGCAAUGAAGCUCCUCAGAGGUUUGAGGAACGUAGUUAUGAAGAUGUAGUGGGUGGUGAGGGAAGCGUAAAGGUGUAAAAGCUGGUACAUGAUUAUUAGAAAAAAUUGUCAUAGAAGUUGCAAUUUUGCUACUAGUAAAUGCCAAUUAUUCUUUUGGAAAAA